UAGGGUCCCUCGCACACGUCCCUCGGCUUGGCACUUUGGCCUCUGCUUUGGCACCCUGAGUUGUACGAAGGGGGCGCUGCAUGCAGUUUGCUCAGAGCCCUGUGCCCUGACCAUCUUUGCUGACCAUAGCCCUCACCAGACCCACCCUGACUGACUUGGUUGGUGUUCGAGUGACUCGAGUCACUGUAUCCGACUAUCAGUGUAUGAAGACUAGCUGAAACUCUGCACGGACAUUACUUCGCUCAGUGUAUCCGGCAAAGGAAACCAUGCAAGCAGCUAAAUGACUAUGGCUACACUCUGCAACUGAAGUCCACCACAUUUAUUGAAUGUGAAACAUCAUGUCUGUCUAAAGAGAGGAAAAUCAGUUUCCCAGGCGAUGUGCAUUAUUUGCAUAACAGAGGGGUAAUUGGACCUAUAAGCUAUUGCAAUGGCUACAUCAGCCUGGCAAACGUUGAACCAACUUUUCCACAGUCUCUCUGCCAUCUCAAUAAUGACAAUGGCACGAUGGUGACUGCAUGUUGAUGCAGCUGUAGUUUGUGAGGCAGAGAUUUUGCAUGAAGACAUUUGUGAUACUGAUCACCUGAUGUGUCAGGUAAAGCCAUCACUGCCCUGCUAUCAGAAGUUGCCAAAUAGUGUUGACGCCAAAGUCGGCUCAAGAGUAGUUUAUGCAUCACCAUCAUUGCCAUCCCCAUAUAAAAUGGAAAGCCUAUCAGCAAAGAAGUGUGUUGGAAUAGUCAACCCAAAGUCCAAAUCAGAUCAAUCAACUGAUAAGGUAAAAAUGGAGAUGCCUACAAAAUCAGACAAAGAUCUUCCAGAAGAACUGCAAUUAUGUAAUGCCUUAUCAUUGUUAAAAGUUAACAAAGAGGCUACGAAAGAUGAAAAUCUUUCUGACAAAUAUCAAGUUCAGAAGCAAUCGGGCAUUAUUUUAGUUGGCGAAAAUAGUUCAAGUGCAGCUGACAUUAUGGGCAACCAAAACUGCAUUUCUAACACUCAUAAGGUUGAUGUUAUUGCAUCAGAUGAGGGAUGGUGUAAAAAAGGCAAGGACCAUGCUCAUGUAACACAGGUUCACAAUGACAGUGCCCUCCACUUGGCAAAGGCGAAUAAAUUGGAAAAUGCAGAAAUAACCAAUUUAACUGAUUUGAUUGGUGGAGUGAAACUAUCGCCAAAUUCACGUCAUCAGCAGCUUAGUGAUGUAGCUGCUAAUAUACCUGAUACAGAUUCACAUAUCGACAAACUGUCAUCCAUAUCCCCUGGCGAGAAGCAAAUGCUGAUAAACUUUAUCAAGACAUGUUUGAUACCUAGAGGUUGGCCAAAGAAGCGGCCUUCUGCAGAGGAUGGUGGUGGUGUGCAGAAGCACCAGAAACCCAUAUCCGACCUUACUUCUAGUUGUGAAUUGCCUGAAGAGUUCCCAGUGUCAUUUUUUGUAACACCCAGUUCGGUGCUAAGUGGGACCGAGAAUGAUGAGCGAGAUUAUUUGCCACAUGCGAACCUCAACCCUAACCCUGUGCCACCAAACACGCUGGUAGGCGAAGGAGAGAUGGUAGGUCAGAACAGGUUGAUUGGGUGUGGUGAUUCCCACUCUGCACAAGGGACUGCUGUCACAUCUCUAUUUUCGAAUGCCCAUAGGGAUUUCUGUCAACCAUAUGCAGUUGAAAAUGCAGCCCAUGAGAGCCGUCGCGCCAAUUCGAGCUUGCCACCAAUUAGUCCUGAAUCGGGUUAUCACUCUGAUGGACCAAACAUGUGCAGCCCUCCAGUUACCCAGCCAGAUAUGGAUGUGGAGGCUAUAGUUCAGUUGUGCGAUGAAAUGUUUGACAAAAAUUUGUGUGUGCCAGGCACUGCCAGGAAUUUAUCAGAUCUCAUGAACUAUCUAAAAAAUGAUAACCAUCAAUUGCAUUCUUGUCAGGAUAACAACAGUACCUAUGACUGUACUACAGCCAGUAGAUUGGAUGCUUCACCUCUGGGAAUGGUCGCGGAAUCACCAGAAGUCUGUUCGGCAUCAGUUGUUAGUUACAGCUUGGAAAGUGUGCCUACUGCAACUGCAUACAAGGGUCCUGUGUCUCCGCUGGCAACAAGCACAGGUUGUUUAAGUAGUCCUGUACUAAGUGCUGCUGAUUUGCAAGAAAGAAAUUUGAUUUGGUGUCAACCUGCAGCGCCAACUGCGAAUCUUAUGAUGUCUGUUGCACCAACAAGUGCUACAGCCUCCAUAGCCACAUCAGUACCAGGUAGGCCAGUGAAACCUCAGGCAUGCGUUGUUCCUAUACAGUUGACGCAGGUACAAGUUCGACAUCAGGCAGUGAUGGCUAGUCGUGCAGUGCAGGUGCAUCCUCUGCCAACUGAGCAUCAAUUUUUCUUCCUGAUCCCAGUGCCGCAACCAGCAAAUCGGUACAGACCCAUUCAACCCAGACCCGAAAAGCCAGACGUGCAGCUUUCAUGCCCACAAGAUGACAUAGCUGGAACAGCAGCGCAGCCAGGGAACGCGGCAAGAAGCUGCUCAAUGUCUUCAGAUAUGGAUGUCAUUGCGCACAAAAUGGUGAGGAUCGAGUCGGAGACAGAGAUCAAUCAGAUACGUCAACUGUUUUUGGAGUCACUAAAUCAGGAUACUGUAUGCAAAUACAACAAGCUUAUCGUAAAGGACGCUGAGGAUAUGUAUACUAAGCGCAGUGAGCCAAAAGGAUGGUCAAUACUGCAUGAGGCUGUGGCAGAGAUCAACCGAGAGAUGAUAUGGUGCAUGACAGAUCAUUAUUUAAAAAAUACACGAAACCAUUGCCAACCGAAUAAUUACAUUUGGAAAUCACUUGAUCACGUUGCAAGAAAUGGUCAAACUCCGUUACAAAUGGCAACUGGCAUGGCAAGAACAGAUAUUGCAUCAUACUUGGUGGCAAGUGGUGCUGAUCCAAACACAUGUCAUUGGUGUAAUGAUGGUCAUGGCGAACCAACCGGCGAUGCGCCACUCCAUGUUGCAGUGACUAGGGGAGAUACCGCUACUAUCAACGCUCUCUGCAAGUUCAGGAGAACUGAUGUCGAUGUGAUGAACUUUGAUGGAUACACGCCACUCCAUCUAGCAGUGAAAGUGAAAGGGAGAGAAACCUCACUGGCUUUAGUCGAUCUACUUCUGAACUAUGGAGCCAAUAUCAAUUUACAGAAUGACAAAGAUGGCAUGAGCGCUCUACACUAUGCGGUGGAUCGUGUAAGGGACAUGUCAGAUCCAGGUGACAUGGAGCACAUGAUCAGCUUCACUAUGAACAUGGUUUCGAAACUGUCCAGCCAACCAGAUGCAGACUUUGAUCUUGUGACCAGGAGUGGUGAUUCGGUGUUGGACUAUGCUGUUACCAGUAUCAAUGCUCGAUCCAAGAGCACACGGAAAGAACAUUGUCAAAACAUAUGUCUACUUUAGUACGAUAUGUGAUCAUGUGCUGCUCAAUUUGUUGCUGGGUGUGUUAACUAAGCCAUGCAAAAGAAGAGAUGAGGAGGGACAUUGGCAUUGUUGGUGUUAUAUUGCACUGUAUCCAUCCGUGUCUGGUCCAUAGACCUAUAUCACGAAACACCUGCUGGACAUGCUCACAGAGUUUGUAAGGAAAUUAUAGAGAAGGAUUGAAGUGGUUUACAGUCGAAACUUACAGUCGUACUACAUGUUAUAAACGAGCAUAAUCUUUUAAUUCGUGGUGACCAGAAUCUGUAAAUGAAACUAGAAUAUCCAUUGUAAUGAAAAUGAAGGCUUAACACAUAAUGACAACAGAUGAUAAGUGUAAUAAUUCAUUAUAUAUAUAUAUAUAUAUAUAUAUUAUUGAUAUAAGGGAUAUGUGUUUAAAUUAUUAAUAUAUUAUAAUUAUGCUUUUUAAUUGAACCUCAAUUGAUGAUAGUAGCAAAUGUAAGUGAACUCUUUUGAAGUGUGACCUUGUCAGUCAAUAAAAUUUGCUUUCCAAAAAAUUAUCAGUAUUAAAAACCUUUGUUGUCAGUUAUAAAAACCUCAAGUUUCAGUAGGUUAAUUGUCACAAUAGCCUGCUAUGUUUAUAUGCAAGCAUACACCAUAUCAAGAUUGAUGACCGACCUGUUAUCAUGUACCGAAUUAUAUAUUUACCACUGGAUUCUAUAUCUGUCUUAUCAACGCAAUCAUAUCUUGCCUGCAAUAUCUGCCGAGUGUUUGCACACCUGUGAGUUAUACAGUUUUAUGUUCAAUCGUAUCCAAAGAGCUUAUAAUGAUUAUUAUAUGCUCUGUCGUAUAUCUUCUGUUAGCUUUCUAUUUUGUUUAGUUUGUUAAAGUUUGGAUCAAGCUGUAUAGGUCUGCUGUUACAGUAUAGCCUUGGCUCUGUGAGGAUAUUUUUACACUUUGUAUAAUUCUACUGUGACACCUCAUAUAUUACAUUGUAACUCUAUGUUACAGUCCAGUUGUGUCAUCAAAAAUCCAUUCAGGUUUCUUCAGAGUUGGUGGUAAAAUUUAUUCAAACAAAUACUUAAAUUAUAAUUAAGGAAUUUACAAGGCAUUCUAAACGAUAAUAAAUAAGUGUUAUUAA